AUCACGGAAACCCUAACUCGCUGUAACAAAUGUCAAACUGUCGUUUUUUUACAUGUGCCAAGACCGAAAGGAGAAUUAUAAGUUUUUAUUAAAUAUUUUUCAUCAGACAACGGAAAGUUAGUUCAAGAUCGUGAAAUCGGUGGAAAACUAUUGUUCUCCAUCCCACGCAACGAGAACGCGAAGAAUUGCUGAAAUUUUUAGUUACAAGGCCCUGACACGUGUAGGUAACGGUUCAAGGCCACCAACCUUGGAAACGGGCACAUUCUGCAGGAACUGUACACUUCAGCAAAACCACAAAAUUAAUUAAUCGAUAAUAAAGGCGGCGGCAUCGUAACUUCCAAUUACAGGAAGCCCCAUCAUCGCAUAAAGUAAUGUGAAUAAUAUCCAAUAUUUCUUUUGGAAAACAUACAGAACGUACAUAAAUACGUAGUCUUCGCCUGAACCACGUUAUCUAAAUGUAUGUACAUCCCUGUUUAAAAGAGGAGGCGACAAAAUUUCGAAAGGCUUGUACAACUAAAUUGUUCUCACCGACUCAUUCCUCCAAGUCAAUAGACAGGGACACCCAAUUUCUAAACCCUUUCAACUGCACCACCUCGUCAGCAGUAUAUUUUCUUUGGUGAUGUCCCGCUGGAUUAAUGAUAUAUUGUAGACAGUUCUUAAAAAUGGCGGUCAAAGAUCGUCGUCGUGCUGUUGUUCGCCAUAAGUAUUGCUUAAAUUGUUUGGCCCGUUCGCAUAAAACAGCGCAGUGCACAUCAACUAAUUUAUGCCAACGUUGCGAAAGGGGACACCACACCCUACUCCAUGAACCAAUUCAACAAAGACUACAACCAGAACGAUGCCGAGCUGACAGAAGAAGAGUUCUAAAAAACAAAUGCCAACGUCCAACUACACAAUUGCGUCCAGCCGAGAGAGGUGGUCAUAACUCAGCAAAUUCUAGACUACGUUAUGGUAAUAACAGUAAUUCAGAAAAAUCUCAACGGUGCCUGGAGAAAGCUUUUCGUAUAUUGAACCAGCUCAAACGCGCUCUAUAAUUGUUGCCCUUUCCGGCCAAGGGGGGCAGGAUGUUGAAAGUAGUUUCCCUCUGAUGUUAUUUUGAAUUAUUUGAAUUGAUUAUCUAAUUUACCUUACCUUAUUUUGAAUUACCAUGUAAUAGUUUUUAAGUCACUGUUGAAACAUCCCAGUAUUCCAAAUUAAUAGUAUGGCAACAAGUUAACCAUCCUCUUUGUGUGUUGUUGUAUUGAGUGGAGGCCGAGGCUUCUUGGUGUUGCCACGAAGAAGUCUCGAUCUCCUUUUGCUACAGCAUCACAUCCAAGUGGUUGGUUCUCUGCAGCUUUUUAUCAUCUACAUAAAAUGUAAGUUGUAUCCCAUACACCCCUCUAAAUAAAAGACAACCAUAUCAUCCCAUUUUGAACUCAA